GCCCUGUCCCUUUGCCCUCGGCCUCGCUCCUGUUCCAUGCUCUGCUUCUGGAGAGAGAGAAGCCCCUCCGCUCCGGGAAUGUCAGCCGCUCUGGCGGCAGUGAACAUCCGGAGCCAAAGGAGGCCUUGGGAGGCAGCGGAGAGGGAACGUCUGGAGACGAGGCGAGAGUCUUCAGGUUUGACGGAGGUCCGUUGAGUGGAGUACUGACAUUCUUCCUCCGGCAUGGCAGAUGACAAUGAAGAAUUGCCAAUGGAUGAAGAGCCGCCUCCUGCUGAGGACAACUUGGAACCACUAGAGAAUGGCAGCCCUGCGGAACGGAGCGGCCAUGUAGCUGUCACUGACGGGCAGUGUAUGUUUGUCUGGGGGGGAUAUAAGAACGCACAAGUGAGGGGCUUUUAUGACUUUUAUCUGCCCAGAGAUGAAAUCUGGAUCUAUAACAUGGAAACUGGAAGAUGGACGAAACACAGAACAUCAGGAGAUAUUCCCCCUUCUAUGUCGGGAAGCUGUGCUGUCUGUAUGGACCGAGUGUUGUAUCUGUUUGGGGGCCACCAUGCGCGCGGGAACACAAAUAAGUUCUACAUGCUGAAUUCCAGAACGAAUGAAGAAGUUUUGCAGUGGGUCAGGGUGGAGUGCCAAGGAGUUCCCCCAUCAUCAAAAGACAAACUGGGUGUUUGGGCAUAUAAAAACAAGUUGGUCUUUUUUGGUGGCUACGGCUAUUACCCUGAAGGUGAGCAGAUUGGGACGUUUGAGUUUGAUGAAACGUCUUUUUGGAAUUCAGGUCUUCCUCGAGGAUGGAACGAUCACGUCCACGUCUUGGACACAGAGACCUUCACAUGGAGCCAGCCUGUAACUACGGGUAAAUCACCAUCACCCCGAGCAGCCCAUGCUUGUGCCACCAUUGCCAACAGAGGCUAUGUCUUCGGAGGCAGAUACCGAGAGUCUAGAAUGAAUGAUCUCUAUUGCCUUGAUCUGGACACGUGGGAAUGGCAGGAAAUAGUCACACAAGGUGCUUGCCCUGUUGGCAGAUCUUGGCAUUCUUUAACUCCAGUGUCAUCUGAUCAUCUCUUCCUCUUUGGCGGGUUCACAACUGACAAACAACCACUCAGUGAUGCCUGGAUCUACUGCAUCAGUAAAAAUGAAUGGAUACAAUUUGAGCACAAUUAUUCGGAGAAACCCCGGCUCUGGCACACCGCCUGCGCAAGUGAUGAGGGUGAGGUGAUCGUCUUUGGAGGUUGCGCCAACAACUUACUUGCCCAUCAGAGAGCAGAGCAUAGUAAUGAAAUACUUGUGUUUUCUCUUCAACCAAAAUCUCUUGUAAGGCUGUGCCUGGAGGCCAUCAUGUGUUUCAAAGAGAUCCUGGCCAGCUCCUGGCACUGCCUGCCCAAGCACUUGCUCCACAGUCUCAACCAACGCUUCGGCAGCAACAACACAUCCGGCUCCUAGGAAGAAGCGUCUGCCGCCUCCCCACCUCCCCAGUCCUUUCACUGGCCACUUUUGUGCAUGGAUGAGCCAUUCUAGGAAGAGAUGGAGCAGUCUGACCAUCCCUAUGUGGCAAAGAGCAACAUUUGUAUAGGCUAAACAGUUUGCAGUGUAGGUAGUGGCUUUUCUGCUUUGACCUCCUUUUGUUGCAUGUGAAUGGCAUAGAGAGAGAGAACCUAUUUUUGUGUACAAACUUGUUUGCAAUAAAUGUAUUUAAUGCAAAUAGGGAAGCAUUUAAUGUUUCAGACCUGAAAACAUGGUGGGCCAGCUGUAUCAUAGCACUCCGCUGAGCCCUAAUCUUUAAAGAAAGGGGAGUAUCACACUUGGAAGAAAAGGCUUUUGAAAUGAUGUUUGAGGGAGACUAUUUGUGAUAAGAAUUUAGUACCCAGUAGAGUGGGAUUCCUACAAGGCAAGACAGAAAACAGUCAUGGCCUUUGGAAUGGUGAAUGCAAGGCCUCAUGGUUAUCUAGCACUUUGCAUUAUUGCAAGCAUGUCAGCUGCAUUUCUUCUGUUAGAAGCCUUACAACAAGCCUAUAAAGUAGGCUAACAUUAUCAACAGCUAAAAGAUGAGGCUUCACAGCUUGAAGAAUUGGAAGGGGCAUCUUCCAUUCGAUCAUGCAGGAAUGCACAAGUACAACACUUCUGAAAGAUGCCCAUUCAGUUUAAAAGACCUUGAAAGAUGGGGAGACCAACACUUCUUCCUAAUACACAGGUGGAGUUUCUUUUCCUGUAGUUUGAAUCCACUGCUCUGUGUCAGUAGAAGCCAAGCUUGCUUUGUUUAUAUGGCAUCCCUUCAGAGGAAGAUGACACACCAGAUGGCUAGGCUCAGUGAGAGAGGUCACAGGCAUGAAUCAACAAGAGUUAAGCAGCGCAGUGGAGGAUAGGAGGGCUUGGAGGUGCCUAACACAUAGGCUCACCAUGAGUCAGGGCUGACUCAAGCAGUUAACAAAUCGUGUCACCUCUCAGCCUUGCUUCUUCCAACAUACUUAGCUCCCUUAGUCACAUAAGGCUUGGUUUCCAGAUCUUUGGCCACCUUGUCAGUACACUUCUUGAACUGCGGUUACCAAAAUUGGACAGAGUAUUCUAGGUAUGAUCUGACCAAAGCAGAAUAGAGUGGAACUGCUACUUCCCUCAAUGGCAUUGGCUUUUUAGCCGCUGUAUCACACUGUUACUUGCAUUUAUCUUGUGGUCUGCUAAAAACUCUCAAUCCUUCACACAUUUGUUUGUAGAGAGCCAAACUCUUAGGCAGUUCUCAUUUUCCAAGCUGUAUAAAGUGGGUUUUCCUGU